AGGAAGGGAUACUGUGCUGUGCCGAAACGUCACAAUAAACCACGCUUUUGCUUGACCUGACGACGUGAAUGCUUCUUGACUUUAUGGAUUUUGUGUGCUCCCAGUUAUAGCACCCUAGCAGUUGACACAAAUUGUCUGAGCACUGCUUGAAUGCAAGAUGGCUACAAGAUUGUUUGAGGGUAAAGGACAUGCAUCUGUCUACAAAAAAUACAGAUUCUCUCCUCCACAGGAGAUCCAAGACUUGAUAUUCAACUACUUGGGAGAGCGGCUAACAAAACCUUAUGAAUUAGCAGUGGAUGUUGGUUGUGGGACAGGACAAAACUCCAGGAUAUUGGUUCCUUAUUUUAAAAACGUUAUUGGGAUAGACAUCAGUGAGGCUCAAAUAGAAGAGGCAAAAACAUCAGAUAAAGGCAUUCCUAACCUCAACUAUAUUGUUUCCCCAGCUGAGAUUUGUCCAGUGGAUGAUGUAUCUGUCGAUCUUUUAACUGCUUGUGUAGCUGUGCAUUGGUUCAAUAUUGAGACAUUUUUAAAGGAGGUUGAUCGGAUCCUGAAACCUGGUGGCUGCCUUGCAUUCUUUACCUACUCUCUCGGUAUGGAAGUUCAUUACAAGGAUCGGUCAGAGCAGAUGAUAAAAGUAUUUAAUGAGGUGCAAGAUAUAUUAGCUCAAUAUCAAAAUGAGAAAGUUGAGCAUAUCAAAACUGGUUACAGAGAAAUAUUUGAGGCUAUACCCUAUAUGGAUAAAAAGAGGAUAGAAAAUAUAAUUACCAAGUCCCCAAUGUCAAUAGGAGAGAUUUUGGGUCUUAUUCAGACUUUCUCUAUGUACCAGUCUUAUCUUAAAGUGGAACCUGAGAAAGCAAAGGAAUUGCUGGAAACUACAGAGCAAAGGUUUCUAGAAAUCAUGGGAGUGACUUCCUUGGACACCAGCGUUGAGUUAUGGCUGCAUAAUGUUUGUGUGCUGGCCUCCAAACCCAAGUGAUGAUCAGUAUUAUACCACUCCUAUUAUUUGUAGAAGUUCAUUGCAUUUUUUAUCAGAAACAUUUCAUUAUGAUUAAUUCAACUCUGCAAAAUUGUAAAACACAAUAAAAAGCUUGUAACUGCA